CUUCGUCUCCCUAGGCACCCACUCGAGCACUUCUCUCCCAUGGGCACUCCUUCGACUCCCCUGCCGCAGCAGAAAGCGGGUGUAAGUGGCAUCGAGCUCACGAAUGUUAACCCCGCCGUCGCUCGGUCGGCUCCUGGCGGUGCGCCAUCCGCGCCAGCCAACAAGGCCUUAAUAUUACGUCAAAUCGCCAUCAUCGUGGCCGGCUUCGUCGUGGUGGCCAUGACCUGUUCCAUCGUGUUCGCCUAUGGAGUCUACCAAGCCUUGUACGAAGAGAUGGCCAAGGAGCCGAACACGCCUUUUACCGGGUGCUCGUCUGCCGCAAUCGGUCUGGUCGGGACACUGGCACUGUCGCUGAUGACCAUGGCCGGCCCUUUCGCCGUGAACUGGUCCAAGCUGUACUCGCCGCAAAUGGUCAUCAGCGCCGGCGGCGUCCUCUUCGGGGUGGCGUUCAUUCUGGCCAGCUUCAGCCAACACCUCUGGCAAUUCGCCUUGACUCAAGGCCUCCUCGUCGGCCUCGGGACCUGCAUGGCCUAUGUGCCCAUGACCUCGGUGGCCCCGGCGUGGUUCGACAAGCGGCGCGGUCUCGCCAUGGGCGUCAUCAUCAGCGGGACGGGGGUAGGGGGGAUGAUCUGGCCUCCAAUCCUCCGCGCCCUGGUCACGCACGUCGGAUUUCGGAACGCAAUGAGGACGUCUGGGAGCAUCUCGGCCGUGCUGGUGGCGAUCUCGGGCCGCGUGCUGAAGUGGGAGCCCGAGUUCGAGGAGAGGAUUCGCGUCGAGAUGCGCGCCGUCAAAGAGAAGAGCAUCCUCCGCCGGCUGAUCUCCUUCCCCAGGCUGAACUGGCAAGUCGCCACGUCCAAGAAGUUCGCCGCGCAGGCCCUGGGCAACUUUUUCCAGUCGGCCGGCUAUUCCACGCCGCUGUUCUUCUACGCCGCGUACGCCCAGUCGCGCGGCUACAGCGCCAACGCGGCCGCCAACUUCAUCACCUUGAGCAAUGCGGCCAAUUUCCUCUCGCGGAUCGUGAUCGGCUUCGCCGCAGACCGACUGGGCCGGCUGAACGCCCUGUUCGCGACCACCUUCCUCAGCGCCGUCGCCGUGCUGGGCUUCUGGUUUCCGAGCACGUUCUGCGACCACCAGAAAGCCUGCAACACCAAGGCCGACGUCUUGUUUUUCUUCUUCACCGUCUUCUACGGCGCCUUCGCCAGCGCCUACAUCUCCUUGUUUCCUGCCGCUCUGCUCGAGCUCUUCGGCCGCCAACAUUUCACGAGCGUCAAUGGAGCACUAUCCUUCAUCCGAGGAAUGGGCUCACUGCUCGGCACCCCGCUGACGGCUCUGCUCAUCUCCCAGUCGACCGCGUUGACCUUGUCGACGACCUACAUUCAUAGCGCCAUUACCGUCGGAGUCCUCAUGCUGGUGGCUGCGGCCUUCACCUUCUGGGUAAGGCUUGAAGCGCCGAGCAACGGCCAGCAGAGGUGGAAGGGCUGAAUGCCAUGUACAAGCAAACUUGUGAGUAAUGCUGCGCCGAUAAGAUCAGACCGUGGGUAGCAGCAGCGCUAGUCAAAAGACGGCCUGCCGGGUGCGUUCCGAUCUCUCAAGCAGGGACAUCGCGAUAAUUCCCGAAUCCCGAGUUAUACUUUUGGCUCUAUCAGGUGUCGUGCUUGAGGCUCCAGAUGACGAGGCUCGGGUCCCCCAAUCAAGUUUCCAUGAGCAGCGCUCGCUCGAGGACAAAGCAACUCACUCCUCCAUCCGAUCGGGCAACACAGAAUAUGGGAGUGCGCUAAGACGUCCCAGCUCUGGACGUACUUGAGAACAACGGGAAACUCCCAGUGGUGUAGACAGUUCGCAACCGUCGAUCCUCGUGAACAGUGCAUCCAUAACUACAGGAAGACCCACUCUCAGCUUGCGCUGCUGGCUUACAAUGAAUCGAUCUAUUCUUGAUGCCCAGACCAUCAUCUUCCAGGCGGCUGAGCAAGAUAUACGGUCCUCCUCGCAUGCUCAACCUAUUACGUGUUCCCAUCCACGGCAACGGCUUGGUGCUUGGCGUAUUCCGGAUCCGAUUCGCCCGCUCUCCACCUGUACUUGGACGCCGGGUGAUCCUCCCUGACUCUUUUCCCUCGAUCGUCUGCGCUGUAAUUCUCGCGGGUGGUCCCUCCAGGCACGGCGUAGUCGUCCCAGAAUACACCUCGCCGCCUCAGCUCGGGGAAGAGGUACUGGGCGAUGUCUUGGAAAUCCCCAGGCGAGACAGCGUAGGAGAUAUUGAAUCCGUCGACGCCGGCCUCGUCGACCAGCUUCUGUAAGACAUCGGCCACGGUGGUCGGCGACCCGAUUGCUUUGAGAUGCGGACCGC